CGUUUUUGGUUUGAGGGUUUGAGAAAGAGAAACCAAACCACAUAAAAAAUACACGAAAGCAACCCGCAGCCAAUCCAGCCAUUCCUCUCUCACUCCCAAACCAAAAAACUUUCGUGUUCUCCCAGCCCACCGGAGGAAUCCGCCGGAGAUAAUUUUCAGUUUUAGGAAACUUCCUUUCUCUGCGCUCCCCUUUAUCAGGUUAGGUUCAUCAAGUUGGCCAAUGCAAUAUAUCAGGUGAUUCUACAGAGGCCCAACCUCUCUCUGCUCAGCUUCACCUUUCAGAUAAAAGAGAUCUGUAUGGCAUCUAUUGAGCACUAUUCAGAGCCUAGUAUUGAAGACGCCUUUGCGAUACGUCCGUUAUCAAAACGUAAUCAACCAGACCGUAUUCCCUCCUUCCGACGAGGCGCUGAUACUGCGUCUGCAAGUAUAUCCGCUAAGCAAACAGUUUCUGGGACAAUUCACAGCUUUUGCCUCUCCGUCUCAAGUGCCACUGCUUCAGUUCACGACUCUCCCUCAAGUUUGAUCCCUACAGCUUCUAUCAAGUGUACUAGUAUUGAGGAGGGCUUUGGGAUGGCACCAAUACCAGGAGAUAAUGAAGCGCUGAUUCUGGACAGCUCUAUCCAACGAGUUGUUGAUGGUGCACCUGGAAGUGUUUCUGUAGACCAAACAGUUGCUGUGAAAUGCCAUAAAAAUGUAUCCGUGAUUGUUGGAAGGGAAGGGGAAAGGCAAGAGUCACAUUUUGACCAUGGGAGUAUGUGUUGGUUCAGCAUGUGCUUCAAGGGGCGACUUCAAGCGUGAUUAGUAUUUGCUAUCAUUGUGUACCAGCUGCACAGACCAAAUAGGAGGCACGUCAGAAGCCAAACCCAACACAUAUUUUCUGGAAAGGAAUUGUUCCUCAAGUCUUGGCUGCUUCCCAAGCUUCUGCGCAUCUAUUGUUUUUUGUAACGUAAUAUUUCAACCAUAAAUACUAAUAGAAAGACAAGGUUGUGUGAAAUCGUCUUCAAUUGAACAAACUGCCAACGCCAUUCAACCAAACUACAGAGGCAGGUAGAAAGAUAAAUGAAUUGCACUGCAGGAACUGAAAGACUGUCAUAGGGAUUCAAGAAAACGUGAAUGACAUUGAAGUCCCGACAAGCAUUAUUAUCUCGUCUAAUAAAAUGCAUCACACUAGCAUGAAGGAGUCAGCUCUGUUGGUCAUUUCGUCCACCAUGACAGUGGUUUUAAAGAGGAUGGUCUCUUUGAUGCAGGACCUGUAAGGGUAAGACCUUCACAGAGCAGCAGCAGGACCCGAACAUUGUUGAUUUUAGCAUGCUCAAUAUCACUAGUCGAUCUGAUUCAUAACCUGAAAUGAAAUGUUGUUGCGUGAACAUUCUCAUCACUGGGAUCGUCUAACUUUAUCUUAGAAACAGCACCAUAAAUACCCAAAUGAACCAAAGCCUCGCGCGACGCUUUUUCCUUCUUA